CGGGGUUGGUGGCCGCGGCGGCUGCGGGGCGACGCGCGGGCCGGACCCUCUGAGGCGGCAGCGCAGGGAGCGGGGCUGCGGGGUCGCGGCUGCGGCGAGAGGGCGGCGGUAGCGCGCGGCGCCCCUAACCUCCAGGCGCGGAAGCGCGCCUGCACCCGCCCGCCGGGCCGGCUGGCCUCGAUGUCCGGCGCCGAGGAGGCCGGCGGGGGCGGCCCGGCCGCGGGGCCCGCAGGCUCUGUGCCGGCCGGGGCUGGGGCCGGGGUCGGUGUCGGGGCCGGGCCCGGGGCGGCCGCGGGGCCGGCGGCGGCGCUGGGCGAGGCGGCGGGGCCCGGGAUUCCGGACGAGGCGGGCCUGGCGGGCGCCCGGCAGCUGCAGGAGGCGGCCGGCGACCCCGACGCGCCGCCCAAGAAGCGGCUGCGGGCGGCCGAGGCGGCCGAGGCGGCGGCGGCGGCGGCGGCGGCGGGCAGCGGGAAGCUGGAGGAGCGGCUCUACUCGGUGCUGUGCUGCACCGUCUGCCUGGACCUGCCCAAGGCCUCCGUGUACCAGUGUACUAACGGUCACUUGAUGUGCGCUGGCUGUUUUAUCCACCUACUAGCAGAUGCCCGGCUGAAGGAGGAGCAGGCUACGUGCCCCAACUGUCGCUGUGAGAUCAGUAAGAGCCUCUGCUGCCGCAACCUGGCUGUGGAGAAAGCCGUGAGCGAGCUGCCCUCCGAGUGUGGCUUCUGCCUGCGCCAGUUUCCCCGCUCCCUCCUGGAGAGGCAUCAGAAAGAAGAGUGCCAGGACAGGGUGACCCAGUGCAAGUACAAGCGCAUCGGCUGCCCCUGGCAUGGCCCCUUCCACGAGCUGACGGUGCAUGAGGCCGCAUGUGCCCACCCAACCAAGACAGGCAACGAGCUGAUGGAGAUCCUGGACGAGAUGGACCAGAGCCAUCGCAGGGAGAUGCAGCUCUACAACAGCGUCUUCAGCCUGCUCAGCUUCGAGAAGAUCGGCUACACAGAGGUCCAGUUCCGGCCGUACCGCACCGAUGACUUCAUCACGCGCCUGUACUACGAGACGCCGCGGUUCACGGUGCUGAACCAGACAUGGGUCCUGAAGGCGCGCGUGAACGACUCGGAGCGCAACCCCAACCUGUCCUGCAAGCGCACACUCUCCUUCCAGCUCCUCCUCAAGAGCAAGGUCACGGCACCCUUGGAGUGCUCCUUCCUGCUGCUCAAGGGCCCUUACGACGACGUGAAGAUCAGCCCCGUCAUCUAUCACUUCGUCUUCACCAACGAGAGCAACGAGACGGACUAUGUGCCGCUGCCCAUCGUCGACUCCGUGGAGUGCAACAAGCUGCUGGCCGCCAAGAAUAUCAACCUGCGGCUCUUCCUGUUCCAGAUACAGAAGUAGGCGGCGUGCCGUGCUGCCCACACCCACCCGGCAAUGGCUUCACUGUGCUCUCUGACCAUUUUAGUGAAGGAGGAAGGAACAGAAGUGAACGUUGGGAAAGUCUGCAUGUGUGUGCGAUGGUGUGAGCACUCUGCCUCGCCCUCCGCCCGGCCCUCUGCCCCGCCUCCCCUCUCCUGGCACCAAGACUGGGCCACUUGCAGAGGAGACGGCGGCUCAGGGAGCCCCAGCGCAGCGAGGUGCACUGCCCGCUCUGGGCCGGGCUCAGGCGAGCUGACUUCAGACGGCAUAUUUGAUUGCAAUUAAAAAGGCACCUUGUUUGCUA